CGUCCGGAUGAGCGAUGAGCCGAGCGGUGACACAGCAGCAAGCGGACGGACGGAGGGAGGGCAGCAGUAGCAGCACACCGGAUCCUUCAUGAGGGAAGGAGGCCAGGGACAGCCAGCCCAAGCGCCCGCCCGCCCCGGCUUCUCCUUCUCUUCACUAACAUAUCCCUCCUUCCGCCUUUGCAAGUCAGGCCCGAGCUAGGGGCCGCUUUGGGCUUCGUAGGAUGUCCCGUCAUGAAGGCGUGAGCUGCGACGCGUGUUUGAAAGGCAACUUCCGAGGCCGGCGCUACAAAUGUUUAAUCUGCUACGACUACGACCUGUGCGCGUCGUGCUACGAGAGCGGCGCCACCACCACCAGACACACUAGGGAGCACCCCAUGCAGUGUAUAUUGACUCGCGUCGACUUUGACUUGUAUUACGGCGGCGAAGCGUUCUCGGUGGAGCAGCCACAGGCCUUCACGUGUCCGUACUGUGGCAGAAUGGGCUACACCGAGAUGUCCCUGCAGGAGCACGUAGCGGCGGAACACACGGAGACCUCUACCGAAGUGAUCUGCCCCAUAUGUGCAGCGCUGCCCGGCGGAGACCCCAAUCAUGUGACGGAAGACUUUGCUGCUCACCUCACACUUGAACACAGGGCCCCCAGAGACUUGGACGAGUCCAGCGGCGUGCGGCACGUAAGGAGGAUGUUCCACCCCGGGCGCGGACUGGGGGGCCCCCGCGCCCGUAGGUCCAACAUGCACUUUACCAGCAACACCACCGGGGGGCUCUCCACCGGUCAGAACUCCUCUCAAAGCUCUAACUACAGCCGGGAAGCCAUGGACCCCAUCGCAGAGCUUUUAUCGCAGCUUUCGGGCGUGCGGCGUUCGGCGGGCGGCCAGCUGAGCUCGGGGCCGUCGGCGUCGCAGCUUCAGCAGCUCCAGAUGCAGCUGCAGCUGGAACGACAGCAGGCGCAGGCGGCGCGUCAGCAGCUGGAGACGGCGCGCAACGCCACGCGGGGCGGCCGCGCCAACGCCGUCCUCAACGCCAACUCGGCCGCCAACCACCCCAACUUGAGCGCCAACCACAACGGCAACCCCGGGAAUAACGCCGGCCCCGCGGAGAGCCACGUACAGCACAACGCGCAUAGCUCGCACUUUCUACUCAGCAGGUUGAGCGAAACGCGCGUGUCAGAGGCGGAGCGUCAGGCGUGCGAGGCGCAGCGCGCCGACAGGAGCUUGUUCGUGACGGAGCUCCUCCUCUCCACGCUGCUGGCGGACCACCAGCAGCGCCAAGAGGCGGACGACGACGUGGCCGCCGACCUUCAGCGUCGCCGCCGGCACCGCCGUCCCGGCUCGCGAGACCUGACCGACUUCCGGUCGGUGAUGACGCUGGACGUGGCGCUGGAGAACCUCAACCUCAAAGAGAGCGGCGGCGCCAGGAAAGAGCCCCCAGCCCCGUCCCUUUGAUGGAGCCAAAAAAAAAGACUGCCCUUCUUCCCCACCCUCACUUUCCCUCUUUAUUUUCCUUUUUACUCCUCACUGAUUUUGUCAUUUCAGACCCCCCGACCUUUUCCGCCGUGUACGUGGAGUUAGACGAGUGAAUGUGAGAGAGAACUAUAUAAAUCUAUUCUGAAAAAAUCUAUACGAACACUGAUAAUCACUUACUCACGCCGCCACGAGGAGGUUAAAAAAAACUGUUACAAGCUAAUCCGCAUGAUCGAGCUUCUUGUACACACACACGCGCGCACACUCUGAUUGUCGCCCUGUUCCCUGGACACACUACAAGACUUUCUAUCAAAACACAACCGACGUGUGUGUGUAAGUGCGUGCGCUUUCCGCACCUCCUAAAUGCAAAAAGGACGAUCGUGCGCGUCCGGCAUCAGCCAGAAGACGCCUGGUGAACUUUGAGUGUGGACCACAAUAAACAUGUUUUGGAUGGAAAUCAACUAACAAAAAAUGAAUAUCGCUCUCACUUUCUAUGUGCGUGGAUGGGCAAUUUUCAAGGGGUCAACGGAAUUAAAUCGAGCAUUAUUAUCUGAGCCACUAAAGAAAGGUUCACUAAGUGUGGUACUUGUAUAUGCUUCUAUUGUAAGUAUACACCAUGUUUUGAGCCACUUUCUCAUUCUACUGAAUAGUAAAAUGUCUCAAAACAAGACCGAACUUGGGUGUCCCAAAAAAUAUAUACACUCUUUAGCAGUUGGUAACCAAAUUGUCUCCGGAUUUUUUGUAGUUUAAUCCAUAAUGGCAGCCAGAUUAAACUUCGAAGAAAAUUCAUUCUCAAAUGCUACUGGAAGUAUGAAAAUGCAGUUCAAGUGUGAACAUAUCAGCUGCAAAAGGGUGUAUACAUUUUUUUGGGACACCCUAUAUAUACUACAUUAAUGCUUGCUAAUGUAGCACAAUACAGUUAAUAGCUAUACGUUAUGUUUGUGUAUAUACAAAUAUAUACAUAUGUAUAUAUUCACCCCUCAGUCAAAAUGGAUAUGUAUAUGUUUGUACAGUAUAUUUUUAUAUAUAUGUCUGUGUGUGUGUGUAUAUACAGUAUAUACGAAUAUAUAUAUACAUAUAUGUACGUUUUAAUAUACAUACAUCUAUACUUAUAUACUAUAUGUAUGUAAAGUAUUACAAACAAAUAACAUACGAAUAUGUACAUAUAUGUGUAAUAUAUACAUUCAAACACAGAUAUACACACAUUUACAUAGUGUAUACAGUACAUACAAAUACAUAUAUACAUACAAUGUACGUAUG